GGGAUAAAUGCCGGUGACCCCCCGUCGGCUCGUCCCCGCUCUCACUUCUCCACGGUCAGCCUAAGGUGCUUUCACAAACGUGAGGAGCAGACCACAUCAGACACAAUGGUGAAGAUUGGAAUCAACGGAUUCGGACGUAUCGGCCGUCUGGUGACCCGUGCUGCCGCCAAAGGUGGCAAGGUCGAGGUGGUGGCUAUCAACGACCCCUUCAUCGACCUGGACUACAUGGUCUACAUGUUCAAGUAUGACUCCACUCACGGUGUGUGGAAACACGGAGAGGUGAAGGCCGAGGGCGGCAAGCUGAUCAUCGGCAACAUGCACAUCAUGGUCUUCCAUGAGAGGGACCCUGCAAAUAUCAAAUGGAGCGAUGCUGGCGCUGACUACGUCGUGGAGUCCACCGGUGUGUUCACCACCAUCGAGAAGGCCUCUGCUCACCUGAAGGGCGGGGCUAAGAGGGUGGUGAUCUCUGCUCCCAGUGCUGAUGCUCCCAUGUUUGUCAUGGGUGUCAACCACGAAAAGUACGACAACUCCAUGAAGGUUGUCAGCAACGCUUCCUGCACAACCAACUGCCUGGCUCCCCUCGCCAAGGUCAUCAACGAUAACUUUGGCAUCGUUGAAGGUCUCAUGAGCACAGUCCAUGCUGUCACUGCUACACAGAAGACCGUUGAUGGUCCCUCUGGUAAGAUGUGGAGGGAUGGACGUGGCGCCUCCCAGAACAUCAUCCCUGCCUCCACCGGAGCCGCCAAGGCCGUGGGCAAGGUCGUCCCCGAGCUGAACGGCAAACUGACCGGUAUGGCUUUCCGUGUCCCCACCCCUAACGUGUCUGUUGUUGACCUGACAGUCCGUCUGGAGAAGCCUGCCAAGUACGACGACAUCAAGAAAGUUGUCAAGGCUGCCGCUGAGGGACCCAUGAAGGGAAUUCUGGGAUACACAGAGGACCAGGUUGUGUCCACAGACUUCAACAGCGACCCCCACUCCUCCAUCUUUGAUGCCGGUGCUGGCAUCGCACUCAACGACAACUUUGUCAAGCUGGUUUCAUGGUACGACAAUGAGUUCGGCUACAGCAACCGUGUGUGCGACCUGGUCCAGCACAUGUUCUCCAAGGAGUAAAGUGUCCUGUCAUGACUCAUCGUUCCUUCCCAUGAUUCCCUCUUCCUUCACCUGUAAUUGGAUGCCUUGCCAUCCGUCCCGGGAGCAAACUCUUCUAUGACAAACGUCUAGCAGAUAAAACCUUUUUUAUAUCCUACAGUCACCUCUGUUCUGUUGUGUUCAACAGUGAGGACUGCAGCAGGCAGUGUUUGUACAGAUGAUUUUCCAUCAUUGAACUGUAUUGUACUGAAUGGUCUUGUUGCACUAAACAUGCAUUGUGGCUCCUUUAGCACUUAGGUGAUAAUAAAGUCCUCUGUUUGUGGACAGACA